AUGAUAAAACGUGUUGAUUUGUUUCAGCAGCCGCCAAACUCGCAGGAGCGAGGCAGCGGCUUGGCUUUGGGCUGUCAAGGUGGGCUGGGAGGGAGCGCAGGGGGGCCUGGAGCGAUGGAUCAGGCGCGGGAUCUCAGCCCGUGCCUCCCCGCGUCGAUGGGUGAUGCCGCAAGACCCACCACUUUACCGUGCAGCCCCCCUGCGGCUCAUCAUCAUCACGUAUCGUCCCAUCGAACACAGCUUCAUCAGACUACUCACUGUGGCUCUAAUAACAACAACAACUGCUACGACGGAACGACCACCCCUUACGAGUCCAGAGAUUACGGAUCUCCUGGAGGUGGAACCGAGUUCAGGAAUUCGAGCUUCGAGCAUUCCAACGACCUGAACCAUCAAUCCUUGAACACCCAGCAGCACAACCACAACCACCACCAUCAUCACCAUCACGAGAACCAGCACCACCAUAAUCACCAGUCCCAGGUGCACCAGCACCAGCAACUCACCGAGUCCCAAUCAACCGGCUCGGAUGAUCUCCACACGAUACCCAAGCUGGAACCACCACCAACACCACCCACCCACCUGGAGGAUGUCUCGGGGGUCGUUUGUGCUGGCUGUGGCCUCAGAAUAUCUGACAGGUUCUAUCUCCAGGCCGUAGAGAGGCGAUGGCACGCUGCCUGUCUCCAAUGUUCUCACUGCCGGCAAGGUCUCGAUGGCGAAGUCACCUGCUUUAGUCGGGAUGGGAACAUUUACUGCAAAAAGGACUACUACAAGUAA